AUGCUCGACUACUGCUGCUGCUUCACGCGUGGGGGAGUCCUUUUAUGGAAUUUUUGCUUCGCCAAAGUGCCAAUUUCCCCCAUAAAUCAGCUCAUAGAAAAUGUACUCCUCGAGGAGCGGGUAGGGAGCACCUGUGCAAGCAUUGGCGGCUACUGCUUCCAGUGGUUUUGCGUGAAUUCCUUACAACUCAUAUUUGUCGCCGCCUAUCGCGGCGUCCGGACUCUCGCGGUUGUAGACCAGCUGCUGCAACAAACUGCGCAAGCAUUUGAGCAACGCCUCAAGGGCAUCAACAACUUGCUGGACUACCCCCUGCAUGUAGGGGAGGGCCCUGACCCCUUCGAUGAUACCUUCUUGCGCAUCCUGACAAGGGUUCAGCAGAAAGGACAGGAGGCUCCCCCAGCACGGCAACAGCAACAGCAAGAGGUCGCUAGAGAGGCGAAAUACGCUAAGAGGGUCAAGGAGAAAGAUGUCCCACAGAGGCACAGACAUUCGCUAUUGGGCUGGCGACAACAAAAUCACCCGCAAAAGCAUGGAGGCCCUAGAUUACAGGGCCAGAAUCUUUGUGGACGCCAAGGAGAUGGAUCCUUGAUGCUGCAGCCACUGCUGUGGCUGUCCCUUCGGGUGCUCAGUCUCAGGAAGAGAGCCAGCGGUACUGAGGAGGUUCACAUGACUGAGCGGAGGACCUACGGUGCUGACUCGGACUAUGCAUCAUCAUCUGAGGACGAGGUGCAACAAGAUGGUGCCAAUGAGAGCGGAUGCUGUGUGCGUUUCUCUGCAGCAAAGAAUGUCGCUGAAGAAGUUAUUGAUUUGCUUUUAGCGAGUGUCCGGAGGAACCUCUUGGGGACGCGCACCGCCACCCUAACGUCUGUACACCAGACGGUUAAAACUGCAAUGCGCGAGUCCAUUGCCAAGCUGCUGACCCCUAAAAGGUCUGUGGAUGUUUUGCGCCUCUGUCUUCAAGCCCGCGCCGAGGGCCGGGUGUUUUCUAUUGUUUUUUUGGGGAUAAAUGGCGUAGGAAAGUCCACAAACCUUGCCAAGGUCGCCUACCAUCUUAAGCACGUUAUCGACAAACGGGAAGACGUCAACCGGCAGGUGUCUGAUGUGAUUGCUUUCAGGUGUCUGGACGUUCCGCUGUUCGAGCGCGGGUAUGGAAAAGACGCGGCGGCCAUCUGCAGGGAAGCGAUGGCCCAUGCGCAACAAACUCGAGCGGACGUCGUCCUUGUUGACACUGCGGGUCGCAUGCAGGACAACGAGCCCCUCAUGAGGGCCCUGGGAAAGCUCGUCCAGAUUAAUAACCCGGAUCUCAUCCUAUUUGUUGGGGAGGCCCUUGUGGGAAAUGACGCGGUCGACCAGUUGAAGAAAUUUAAUCAGGCACUUGUAGACACAACUGGCCACGUUGGAGCCGCACUGAGCAUGACCUACAUUACGGGUCAGCCAGUAGUCUUUGUCGGUACGGGACAGAAGUACCAAAACCUCAAAAAGCUUAGCGCAGGUUUCUCAUGGCCGAUCCGACGGAAUCGGAGAAACUGGACGGAAAACAUGAGUUCAUUGCCUGGAGAGAAGGACCCCUCUAUCGAGGAACCAUGCAUAUGUAGGAAAAGAAUUAACGUUAAAGGACAGUGGGGGGGGCGCCUGAAUUACCCGGAAUCCUUAGCUGUUAAUCUGCCAGCUAUGGAUGAGGCGGUGGAACAGUUUACAGAGCUGCAUGAGUCCCUUCUCAGGGAGGAGGCAAAUGCAGAAAAAGCUGAACUGGAAGAAUUGUUACAGACCCUCUCCCUGAGGGAACUUGCUGACGUAGGCGUUGCCGUACCUCGUCUGGUGAUUACUGAUGUCAGCUCGGGCCUGUAUGGUCGAACCGUUGUAACAUUCACUUCCAAGCGGUCUGCGCUGCAGCGCCUCCACGGCAAUGGCCCUACCAAGCCACCGGCAGAACAGCUCCAGCACCGACUAUCACCGGGAGAUAUCGUAGGGCUAUUCCGUUAUGACAGGCCUAUCACAGGCUCCAGCAGCGCCAUAGCCACGGGCGUGGUGCACAAGAUCCACGUUGCUGGGGUCAGCGUCUCUCCGGCACGGCGAAUUGUGGCCGUGUGCUUUGGAGGUGCGGGGCCGCAAUUUUUGCAGCUCCAGCUUGCUGUUUCAAUGAGCAAGGGGGGAAUCUCCCGGCCUAGGGAAAUGGACGCAUUUGCCUCCGAAGCUGCAGAUAGAAGUGCGACACUGCGGAGCUGGAAGGACGUAGAACUCUCAUCGGAGGAGCUGCAGAAGGGCUGUCUCUGGCGGGGAUGGUUCUGUGACACACUGACGGAGUCUCAGAGGCGCGCUGUUUUUCUGGGCCUCAUGUCGCAGGAUGUAGCUCUUAUCCACGGUCCCCCCGGCACUGGAAAGACCACAACGGUAGUGGAGGUGUUGCUGCAACUGGUGGCUGCUGGGUUUCGCGUGCUUGCCUGUGCACCCAGUAACAUUGCUGUUGACAACAUGUUGGAGCGGUGCUAUGCUGUAGCCAAGGGGCUGCAGGAUACGCAGCUGCUUCAGCAGGUAAAACGGUGCGUACGGAUUGGCCAUCCGGCGCGCAUUGACGAGCAGCUCGUUGGUUUUUGCUUGGAUCGACAGCAUCUGAACAGCGACUCCUCCGGUAUCAUUCGUGGUCUCAAGGCCUCCCUAGAUGAGAGCUUGCGGGAGCUAAGCGCGAUGAAGAGGCGUACGAACCAGCAGCAGCAAGAUGGGGGAGGGGGCAGUGCGAAGCGCGAGAUGCGCGCAGAGGCGAGGCGGCUGAUGCAGGACAUGAAAGUUUUACAGAGAAAAUCCGUCAUGGAGGCUCUACAAAGCGCACCCAUCGUCUUCGCGACUUGCGCAGGAGCGGCAGAUGCAUCCCUCCAACGGCUGGUUAAGGGUCGCGAGCGGACCAGCGGGGAACCAGAGCAGGCUGGACUGCCUUUUGACGUCGUCGUCAUCGAUGAGGCAGCGCAGGCCCUGGAAGCCAGCUGCUGGAUUCCCUUGCUGCUCGGGAGGCGCUGCAUCCUGGCUGGAGAUCACAUGCAGCUCCCUCCCACGGUAAGAAGCACUGAAGCCAUGCGUCGCGGCCUUGGCAUGUCUCUUUUCGAGCGUGUCAUGCGUAAAUACGAAUGCAGCGUGGCGCAACAGCUCACCUGUCAGUUUCGCAUGCAUGGAGACAUUAUGGCGUGGAGUAACUCGGUUUUCUAUGGUGGCAGCUUGGUGGCUGCUGCAUGCGUUGAGCGCCGGCUGCUCUGUGAUACGUACCCAAACAUUCCGCCAGACGUCGUGCCUUCCGUCCUGUGGAUAGACACGGCAGGCGUCUCUUGGAUGCGAGAGGACGAGGUCGAGACGCAGGAACUCCCCUCCUUGACGCUCAACAGGUCACGAAGCAACAGAGCAGAGGCCGCUCUCGUUCUCAAGUACCUCCAGGAGCUCGUACAGGUAUACUCCGUGCGGGCAGCAGACGUUGGAGUCAUCACUCCAUACUCUGCACAGGCCAAGCUGAUCCGGCAACUCAUCCUGGACCUUGAAGAAAAGUCGGAGAGCGGAGAAGGCGGCGACCUUAGGGAGGUGACGGUGCAGACGGUUGAUGGAUUUCAGGGGAGGGAACGAGAAGUCAUCAUCAUUUCACUUGUCAGGAGCAACCGCCACAAGGAGAUGGGGUUUCUAGUGGAUGCACGGCGACUCAAUGUCGCAGUCACCCGCGCGAGGAGUCACUUGGUCAUUGUCGGAGACAGCGAAACUGUUACCAGCGUAGGCACGAGGGAACCGGAGCCGUCAGGUAGGAGAGGCAGUAGCAGCAGCAGCAGCAGCAGCAGCAGCAGCAGCAACUCUUCUCGUCCGGAGGCUGUUGCGACUGCCAAGAAAACAGCAGUAGACGGCACACAACAUGGCCAACUAGAGCCUGAUGCCCGCAAGGCACUCACUGCCCUGUUUGAGACUGCCUCCUUGUGUGGUAGUCUGCGCACGCCUUAUGAAUUUAUUGGACCAUCCGACAUCCCAGCAGUGGCUUCCCACCGCUCGGCGGCUGCCGGCCGCAUGGAGCCAAAGACGCCGCAAGGCAGGGAGCAACGUGGCUCAAAGAAUCCGAAAACUCCCAGUGAACGCAGCUCUGAGGCUCUGGUCAAGACCACAAAGGACACCCGCAGGAGCCGCGGUCAGGGGGUUGCUGCUUCCACGACAACCACUCCUGUACCAUCGACUGCCAAGCUUCCAGGGAGCCUUGAUCCUGAGACACAGCCACCCGCGGAUGAUCCUUUUGUGAUCGAGACCAGGGAGAAGCUUGACGCCUUGUGCCGCCGGGGGGACGGCUCACAGGCCAGUGCCAGUGCAGUAUCCUAUACGCAUGCGUUUCCUCCCACGCUGUCCCCUUACCAGCGCCUCAUUGUCCAUCGGCUCGCAGAAGAGCUCCAACUGGUGCACAUAUCGAAAGGCGAGGGCGCUGAGCGGUUUAUCGAGGUCUGCGUGCAGCCACCACCCUCAGAGCGGCAACCUUCUCCUGUGCCCCAAUGUUCAACUUCUGUCUCAGUAGCAGGUGCAAAGGGCGAUCAUUCAACAGCCAGCGGUCACGCGGAUCUCCUUGCAGCACAAAUAAGUACCAACAAGCCUUCACCGGCCGACGGAGAGCAAGAUAUGUCUCCCCGGAGCCUUGAGGCUGCAUCGUUUGUCUGUGAGAAGAGCAAAACCGAGGCAGAGAAGCCCUCUUCUGUCAGCAAAAAGAACAAAAAGAAGUCCACAAGUAAAGGCAGUGCAAAAGUCACUGCGGAGGGGGAGGAGUCAGACGAUCUCGACGCGCUACUCGAGGAGCACCUGGCGGCGGCAAAGAGAUGCAGUGUGGGGGGCUGUAAGGACUCAACGGAUCUCUUGGGGCGCACUUGUCCCUACUGCCGAAGUCGUUUUUGUUUGCGGCAUGCUCUGCCUGAGGUUCACGGCUGUGGAGAUGCAGCAGCCGCGGAGGCGAAGAAGGCCUUUCGUGCUGAGGGGAAAAACAACAUUCGGCUGAUGCGCCACGCCAAAGAGGGCACUGUAGGUACUCGGGCAGCCACAAUCGCGGGUACUGUAUUUGUGAACCCUUCAGUCGGCGGUAGCUCUCAAAUGCGGGAGGCUCUCAAAUCAAACCUGAGGAAGAAUAUCGAAGAAAAGGCGAAGGACCGCAUUUCGCGGAAAUCAACCAAAAGGGGAAAGCCGCAGAAGACAAACAUAGUAAAGGCAGAAGACAGGGGAAGUGACAAUUUAGGGCAAUGGGACGCUCACGGGGCAAGGAGUCGCCCUGUCAUACGACUUGAGCUAAGAAGAGGAGAGAAUUGCAGCAACUCACGUAGUCAAUGGAUGUGGGGCAGAGCAGAUAUAUCCUGCCAAUCGCUCGAGAUGUGCGGGAUAUCCUUGCUUUCGUGUUUAGAAGCCAUGAUCUCACUCCACACAUGCCGUGACCGCAGGGGGAAAAUAGGUUAG